UGCAACGCGGCUGACGCGAGUCAAACUCCAGCGAUUAUUAGGUGAAAUAACAGUGAAAAUGUGAUCCUGGCUCGGUCCGAGACCAGCCUCCGCUUGUCCGUUUGACAAAUCGUCAAAGUGUUGUCGGAAGGACAAGCCCGUCACCCCUCCGGGCUCGUUUGAGUUCGGCCGUAUUCGCGGCUGACCCGACAGUCUUCAAUCGGUCACCUGCAUGAGCGGACCAGUUUACCCGUAAGAUGUGUCAAGAUUCAUCACACAAGAACAAUAAUAAUAAUCGCUAUUUUAUUGGUGAAUAUUUCAAAGUGUCGACGUCAACGGAAAGUGCAGUUUUAUACGCUCUGAUUGAAAUUAAAGUGAAAUUCAAGCGGCUGUCAGGAAAUGUACGUAAAAAUCGAAAGGGCGUGCUCGAGGUGUGGCGACGGGCGUCAGCGUCGACUAGGUGACACAACAAGCCUGGUUGAGAGCGAGCGAUGGAUGGCGGCGUCGGGCUUGCUUACUCGGACGAGGGACAGGCAGCUAGAGAGAACCACUACCGUGAUGCACCCCCAACCUGACGAUGAUGCUUCGUCCGUUUUCGUCCCUCUCUCCCAGUUCGGUCAUUGGCGCUUAUCCGAAUGUCGACCGUAUGUGGCUGUCCAUAUGGAGACGAGAGAGAGCAAGGUUGCUGUUGUAUCCAUUUCCAAUGUGAUUUGAGAUGAAACGUACUCGUGGGGUGGACGAGGUAGCAUCGGCAGCAGCAGCAGCAGCGUUGAAACAUUCAUCGGGAGGUGCAGGAGGAGGUGGCAUAGGUGGUGGGGGCGGGUUAGAAGUCGGAGAGAACAUAGACUACCGUCCUAACAGUGGUUUGGCCGUUGGAAUUGGGCCUGGUCAGCCAAUUAGGCCGAUAACUUCCAAGGAGAUGCCAGGCAGCAUCCAGUUUGGCGCCGUUCAGGCGCAACAGCAAUACCCAGUAGCCGUAGUAAUGCCUACUCCUGCCCCUUCCAGUGUAAAGGUGCAUUCUGGUAGCACAACACCGCCUACGCCCACGGCUCCAGGGAGCAGCUUGAGCGGAGGGGCGCAACAGUUCCAAAGAUUGAAGGUUGAAGAUGCUCUGCAUUACCUCGAUCAAGUCAAAUACAAGUUCAACAAUCAACCGCAGGUGUACAAUGACUUCUUGGAUAUCAUGAAAGAGUUCAAGUCUCAGAGCAUAGACACACCAGGUGUUAUUAAGAGAGUCAGCAACCUUUUCAAGGGACAUCCCCAGCUCAUAGUUGGCUUCAAUACGUUUUUACCACCUGGUUAUAAAAUAGAAGUACAAGCCGACGAACAGGGAUACGCUUUCCAAGUAUCGGUUAGUAUGCCUAGUCCGACUGCUACGCAUACCCCAACAUUAUCUCAUCACUGCACAGGCAAUGUUGGUUCACCACCCAUUGCCAGUCCGCCUACUCAGCCGGCCAAGGCUCCAUCCGUCCUACAAAUCAUGCAAGGAUCUGGCAGCAUACACCACGCCAUUGGAAAUAACAUUCCAAACAAUAGCUUAACCGUUCAUGCUCCGUCAUCACCGCCGGUCCAAUCGUACAACAAUUCGCACAUAAGCACGGCUCAAGCCCAAGCUGCUGUCAGUCAAGCUUUGAGCCAGGCACAAGAUGGUACACCGAAUAGUGGUCAGACGCAGCAAAGUCAACCUGUGGAAUUCAAUCAUGCCAUCAAUUACGUGAACAAGAUUAAGAAUCGAUUCCAAGGUCAGCCUGAAAAGUAUAAGCGAUUUUUGGAGAUUUUGCAUACCUAUCAAAAGGAACAACGCAACUUAAAAGAAUCCGGUCAUAUGGUAACUGGAGGAGGAGCAGCUGUCGGAGGAGGAAGUGGGAAACAUCUAACAGAGGCAGAGGUCUACAGUCAAGUCGCUAAACUUUUUGAAAAUCAAGAAGAUCUCCUCGCUGAGUUUGGACAAUUUUUGCCUGAUGCUACGAACCAACAAAGUGCCCUGUCUGCUAUGUUCCAGAGUAACAAAGGUGGGGCGGUUAACGAUCAUUCGGCGAUCGUUAAAAAACCCCUAGGAUUGAAAGCGUUGUACAACAGUUCAGGGAACAUACCUAGAGAACACAGAGAAAGCGGAAGCUUAAGCGGAGUAGAACGAGACAACAGAGAUCAUAGAGAGAGGGACCGAGAGAGAGGGGUGGGAGCCAGGGAUUUGAAUAGCGGUCAGAAGUUUGGUCAUAGCACCGGUCAGCUGAAAAGAAGUCCGUCCUUUUCAACAUCGGGAACCACUGGCAAUUCGCAUCACACUCAACACGGUCAGCCACCAUCAAAAAAGCACAAAAUGGCUACGCUGAGAGAUGUGACAUUCGCCGAUGCUGGAAAAUAUGGAAGCCUUAACGAUUAUGCCUUUUUCGAUAAAGUGCGGAAGGCCCUGAGAUCGCAAGAAGUCUAUGAGAAUUUCUUACGCUGUUUGGUUCUGUUCAAUCAAGAAAUCGUGUCCAAGACAGAACUCAUACAAUUGGUAACACCGUUCUUGGGCAGAUUCCCAGAACUAUUGCGAUGGUUCAAAGAUUUCUUGGGUCACUCUCCGGACUCCUCAACUUCUAUGUCCACUACAACCGGUGGUUUGAACGUCGAAACGCUUCCUAACAAUGUCGUCAGAAGUCACCAAGACCGUCCCCAAGGAGAUUUGGCUAUGGAAAUAGAUUACUCCACUUGCAAACGGCUCGGCGCAUCCUAUUGUGCGUUACCUAAAUCGUACGUUCAGCCUAAAUGCACCGGUAGGACGCAAUUGUGUAAAGAGGUGCUGAACGAUACGUGGGUAUCUUUCCCAACAUGGUCUGAAGACAGUACCUUUGUUACUUCAAGAAAAACUCAGUAUGAAGAGUUCAUAUACCGCUGUGAGGACGAACGGUUUGAACUGGACGGUGUUAUAGAAACAAACGCAGCGACGAUUCGAGUCCUGGAAGGUGUACACAAGAAAAUGAGUAGGAUGAGCUCGGAGGAGAUACAAAAGUUCAGAUUAGAUGAUUGUCUGGGAGGCUGUUCGCCGACAAUACACCAGAGAGCUCUGAGGAGGAUAUACGGUGACAAGGCUGCGGACAUUAUUGACGGGUUGAAGAAAAAUCCUGUUAUUGCGGUGCCGGUCGUUCUUAGGAGGCUUAAAAGCAAGGAGGAGGAAUGGAGAGAAGCUCAAAAAGGGUUCAAUAAAAUAUGGAGAGAACAAAACGAAAAGUACUAUUUGAAAUCCUUGGAUCACCAGUGUAUAAAUUUCAAACAAAAUGAUGUCAAGGCGCUCAGAUCGAAAAGUCUCUUCAAUGAAAUUGAAACACUUUACGAUGAGAGGCAUGAGCAAGCAGACGACAGUAAUGCAGAGGCACAAGGGGGAGGUGGUCCACAUAUGGUGCUGGCAUACAAAGACAAGUCCGUACUCGAUGACGCAGCCAAUCUCCUAAUUCAUCACGUGAAGAGACAGACAGCUAUUCACAAGGAAGACAAGCAACAGAUAAAGUUGCUUCUAAAGCACUUUAUCCCUGACCUAUUUUUUCAUCCACGACAAGAACUGAGCGACGAUGAGCGCGACGAAGAUGAUGAAAAAGAGGACAUAGACUCACCUGCGUGUAGCAGCUCUCAUAUAUCGUCGUUGACGAUAACAUCUGGUGGUCUUCACGGGAGUAGAAACAAAGCAGUGGCUUCACCCAACUUUUCUUCUGCACACGUGAAAAGUGAUCCAGAUCUAAAACCUCCCUCCCAUGCCUUAUCCGCCGAUCCCGAAGAGGCGUACACCCUGUUCAUGGGCAGUAACAACUGGUACCUUUUUCUGAGGUUACAUCAAAUUCUGUGCGAGAGGUUAACAAAGAUGUACGAAAGAGCGGUUGCCUUGGCUGAAGAAGAAUCCAGAUACAAACAACAACGAAAGGAGAGCACAGCGGUUGCAUUGAGAUUAAAACCAAAAAAUGAAAUAGAAAUAGAGGAUUAUUAUCCAGCGUUCUUGGACAUGGUGAAGAAUGUUUUAGAUGGCAACAUGGAAAGCACAGCGUACGAAGAUACGCUACGUGAAAUGUUCGGCAUCCACGCGUAUAUUGCCUUUACCUUGGAUAAGGUGGUCACAUAUGCUGUAAGACAAUUGCAGCAUUUGGUUUCUGAUCCAACGUGUCAGCAGUGCAUGGAGUUAUUCCAACGAGAACAAAGGCAGCCAAAGGAAAGUAGCGGAGCUGGUGGUUUGUGCGCCACUGCCUAUCUGAGGCUAGGAGCAGAAACCGCCUACCAGCGUAAAGCAGAGAGAGCUAUGACUGAUGAGAAUUGUUUCAAAAUACAUAUUUACAAAAAAGACUGCAAAAUAACAAUGGAGCUGCUAGACACUGAAAGUGAAGACACGACGGAGGGCGGAUGCAGGGACCGAGAGAGCGAAAGAGAACGGCAGAGAGAGGGUAUAAGUACGGCAGAAAAAUGGUCGACCUACGUGGAGAGAUACCCCGCUCCUCUUGGCCAGACAAGUCCAAAGGACAUUCCUACCUCUGUAGACAACGACGCGGCAGCCAAUCAUCCUGUGAGUAGCGACCAGGCAGGAAGGGGGGGCAGGGGCAGAAAGCGCAAGAACGCUGAUAUUAACAAGAAGAUGGAUGAAACUGGUUGGAGCUCGUUUGACAGACUUUUGGUAGGUCGCAAGCCCGUAUUCCUCUACCGUAACGUCAGAGAGUGGCGAAAACGUGCAUCAAGGAUGGCUCGGUUGCCAUCGUUGAAUACCGUUCAUUCUGACAAAACACCAGAAAUAACGGCUACCGACAAAACAGUUGAAACUUCUUCUGGACUUUUGGAACGGCCGGCACCAUUAAGAAUGACUGAACCAGGUGACACUGGUGACAUAAUUAAUACCGACAGUACGCAGUGCAGAUUUAAUCCGAACAGUUACCGGAUGCUCUAUGUUGCCAGCAAAGAGGCUUUCCUUUAUAAGCCAAAUUCCUUUACCAGAGCUAGACAGUGUCAUCCGGCGGUGACGAAACACCUGAACUCUAAGUUUCAUCAGUGGCUGGCAAGGUGGGCGACGCAAAAUGUCGCGGACACGCAGCACCGUUUGUGCCAGGACUGGUUAAUGGGUCGUUACGAAAAUCUAAUACCCCACAGGACACGAGUUGUUACCGAUAACGAUCAAUCUCGUUCCCCUUAUCGCCAGUACAAUCGAUAUCGAAUCGAACGAUUGAAGUCUGAUUCCUCAACGGAACAGUGUGCGUAGCCCCUACUUCCCCUGUUACCUCUUGUGAAUAUGUCAAAUUUGAGUGUGAGAAGUUAACGAAAGAGAGUGAACUCAGUGAAUCAUUGUGAACAUAAAACUUAAGGUUGUGUUUUUAGUUUGAAAGAUAGGUUUUACUUUUACACACACAUACACACACACAUUAAAAAGUGAAUCACGAUUUUAACUACAGACCGGAGGUUCAAUACGAUUGUGAUGUUUGGUGGCAUCAGUCGACGAGAAGGUACCUACGAAAAGCCAACUGUUUCCCAAAAUCGUUUUUGAUUUGUCGGUUGAUCCUGUUCCGAAAUGGCAAUGAAUCAAAUUCAUGUGAAAUGGACAAACUUGUCUUGUGGCGGUAGAAAAUAUUUUUAAGAAUAUAACAAAGUAAGCGUGAAAGAUAAUGGAGGGACUUGUACAAACAGUAGAACGUACAAUAUUAUAUAUACCCGACGUCAGUUGGAACUUUUUACAGGUUGUAAUAAAUUUCGCGAAGGAUUGAAGCUAUCUGUUCUCAAAACAAUCUUCGAUAUCAAUGUCGAUCAUAAUUUUUUGAUCAAGAGCAAUAUGAAUUAGUGAUGGUUAAUAUGACCUGUAAAUAAUUGACCUGUGAUGAUCGAGUGAAACAUUGAAAACCAUCAACUUUUAAUAUAUAAGUAUUGAAUGAAUAAUAACAUCAUUCUGAUUAUCAAGAGAUUUUUUAAUUUAAUUUUAGGUCCGCAGUUUUGGCUUCCAUUAUUUAAAACAAGGCUCCAGUUGUGACUUGCAUCAAACCUGAAUUAUGUCACUAAUUCAAUGUUUAAAAAUUAAUCUUUUAUUUCAGUUUUUAAUAGCAUCUCUUCGUGAUUCUUUUUUUCGUAUUAUUUUCGAUCGUAUAUGAAUAACGAAUCUUUCAUAAAUCAGUGAGAAACAGUAAGUUAUAUAACACAAUAUAUUAUGUAUAUACCGCAUUUGUUAACAUUUGAACAUUUUAUAAUAUGUUCGCAUUAAUUGAAAAACGAAUGGUUCGAUAUUUUCCUUCGAUCUCCAGGCACACCUAAACAGGGAAUUCCGGAGACAUUUUUUAAAGAUUAAAUCUGGCUUAUAACCAAUUGAAAGGUAUCCGCGUGAUUGAGAGCAGCAAAGCUGGAUCCUUUAAAAGGAUGGUUGACUCUUCUAAGAUUGUUAUGUGUAUAAUAAAAUGAGUGUGAUGGUGAAUUUAAUUUUAUGAUCUGUACAAAUCUUUCAUAUUUAGUAUUUUAUAAAUAUACAAAUAUCCUAAAUCUUCUGAGGACGACGAUAAAAAGAUGCUUAGGGUGACCAGUGUGCUUUGAUAUAUUGAGAAUAAAAUGAGCUGUAGGAUGGUAACUCGAAUUGUACAGAACAAAAUUUCUGACGCUGUCAAUUUUAAUAGUACACUGUACAUUGAAGGUGGGAUAUAAAAUUCUCUUGAGCUUUUAGUUCUCUAUACAUGCUGGUAUAACAAGUAAGAAACAGUUGUCUCAAAAAAUUGUAAUCGAGGUGCUAUUAGAUUAAAUUUGCAUUUAUCUGAGUAGCAAUUUUGAAAUCGAACGUGAAUUACAUUCAAAAGUUCUGAGUGGAAAGUUCUGAUAGUUUUGCGAAAACAAAAUAGAAAUGAACCCUGUUUAUCAACAAAGUCAAAUAUCGUUGCUGGAAAGUAAUUUUUUGAUCAGCUUUGAAGGAUACGCGUUUAAUUUUUCAUCUCUAGUACCUGAAGUAUAGGCAUUUGAAUCUAAAGCAAUAACAUUUUUUAUUCACAAGAUGACAACAUGGUUUCUGCUAUGUUUUCAAUUAUGUACAUACAUAUAUACAUAUACAUAUAUGUGUGCGUGUAUAUGAGGUAUUCCACACCAACACUACAAAUGAUUUUCCCUCAUCAUUAUUGAUUUCGUUCAUAAUUUUUUAUAUGAUUAUCCUAACUCUAAACAGCACUGCUGAAUUAUUUCAAAUUCUUCUCUCCAAUUUUUAUUUUUUCAUCAUUUUUAAAGAUCAAUAAAAUUACAUUUUUGAAAUUAUCUAAAUAAUUCUCAAAAAUUUUUCGAUCAAAGACAAUUAUUUUAGGCUAAAAUCGGUAGUGGAAGCCAUAAUUUAUAUACUUAUUUGUCUAAUUUCACAAAAUAAAAAAUCCUGAAUUUGUUUAAUUUGGUAUUUUUAUUGGUACUUAUUUAUUUGUAUACACCAAGCGGACAUGUAGACGAUCGGUUCAGAACAAAUCCGGAGGUGUAAACUUUUUUUUUAUAUUUGACUGAUUUAAAACAAAAAAUAAAAAUUCUUUAAUUUACUUAAUUUAGUAUUCUUAUUGGUAAUUAUUUAUUUUUGUGCCCUACAGAGAUGAUUAUACACGUACAAAAAUGAAUAAUUAUCUAUCAAAAUAAGAAGUAAAGCAAAUUUAGGAAUUUUUAUUCUCUUGAAAUUAGUCAAAUAAAUGUUAAAUAAAUAGUUUCCACUUUCGGAUUUGGCCACAAAUGUUCGUGUUUGGUCGAAGAAUUUUUGAGAAUUUUUUCAAAACUUACCAAAUGUCAGUCUGUUUUGAUGUAUAAACAUUUAUAAAUAAAACUGUUGGAGAGAACAAUCUGAAAUAAUUCAGGAGUGCUAUUUAGAGAUAGGAUAACUGUAGUAAAAAUUGUGAACGAAAUCAAAAAUGGUGGGGGAAAAUCAUUUGUCGAGUUGGCGCGGAAUAUCUCGUAUCUAUGUAUAUACGUAUACAUGAACAUUUUCCUCUUUUUGUUUUGAAAAUGAAACAAAUGUAAAAUAAUUAUAUCUUACCUCUGAUGAACAGAAUGUAACGUUAUUGUAAUAACUAUCACCCUCUCUAAAUUGUCGUUACUAAUAUAUUUUAACAGUGAAUUGUUACUCUUAAGUGAAUACCCACGUUUUGAAAACUUUAUGGACAAUUUUAUUAUUCGAGAUAAUUUAAUGCUAGUAUAGUAUUUCGCACAAAAUGAUUAUUAUAAAUAAACUUUGAAGAAUAA